CAGAUCAACGUGUUUAUAAAUUUUAAUUCGAAACCAAAUUUCCUUCACAAAAUGUCGGGAUCCACAAUUGCUCCGCGUGAUGAUCAAAACAUCAAAAAAGUUCUUGUAACCGGAGGAGCCGGAUAUCUUGGUUCGACGAUGAUUCCUAUGCUGUUGGAAGAUGGAUAUGAAGUUAUCGUGUAUGAUUCUUUCAGCUGGGGAAUCGCACCGCUGCUUCCAAUAGCUUCUCAUCCCAAACUCACUGUGAUAAAAGGGAACGUGCUUGAUGAAGAUCACUUGAAAACGGUGAUGGCCGAUGUUGACGCUAUCAUUCACUUGGCCGCAAUUGUGGGAUACCCAGCCUGUUCAAAAGAUCCAGAACUGGCAACAACUGUAAAUGUCCAGGGAACUAAAAACGUAGUACAAAACAUGAAGCCGGGCCAGAGAAUAGUGUAUGCAUCAACAGGUUCGUGUUACGGAGCAGUUACAGGUGUCUGCACCGAAGAAACACCUAUCAGUCCGCUGACUUUAUACGGAAGUACAAAAGCCGAUGGAGAAAAACUCAUCAGGGAAGUUGGAGGUGUUGGCUUGCGAUUGGCGACAGUUUUUGGGGUUUCGCCUCGCCUACGACUUGAUCUCCUGGUAAAUGAUUUAACGAACAAGGCGGUGUCGAAAAGAAGCUUUGAUCUUUACGAGGGUGGUUUCCGCCGUACUUUCCUUCAUGUAAGAGAUGCAGCAAGGGCGUUUGUUUUUGCUCUGCAACACUAUGGGUCGAUGACAGCACAAGCUUUCAACGUGGGUGAUGAAUCCAUGAACAUGACAAAACGUGAUGUAGCGAAGAUGAUUGAAGCUAAUGUAUCCGGGUGCUGUAUUACGGAAUCAAAGAGCGGCACCGAUCUGGACAAGAGAGACUACGAGGUGUCAUACGCAAAAAUACGUUCUCUCGGAUACAAAGCGAAAGUCGACAUGAAGACGGGCAUCGAGGAACUAUUGAAAAUCGUUCCCAAUAUGACACAAGAAGAGAUCGCAAGAUGUAAAAACGUGUAAUUGAAAGCACGGCGGAGAGGUUAACUGGCUGGUGAUCCAAACAUAGUGGCAAGCUCACAGUUUAAGCCACAAUUCGUGUCUUAUCCUGUAGAUAUUAGUGCCUUAUUUAUGAUUUAUAUCUAAUUUUAUAAACGAUUAAAUAAAGUAAUUGAAGGAAAUCA